AUGCUUCCUCUCGUUCAACUAGCCGUAAUCAUUGCCUGUGCUAGCGCUUGGCCGCUCCUUCAUGAAGAAUCUAAAGGCUUGUCGUCGAGGUCCAAACCUCUUCCUAAAUUCAAGAACAUAUUCACAUUCGGAGACAGCUACACAGCUACCCACUUUGACUACACAGGGACCUUACCCAAUGCAUCCAACCCCCUUGGCAAUCCUGCCUUUCCAGGGGUCACCACAAGCAACGGCGACAACUGGAUAGGCUUCCUCAUCUCACAAUACAACAAAUCCCUAGUCCUCGACUAUGACUUUGCCGUAGCCGGUGCUACCAUCGACAACAACCUUGUACCGGCUUACGAGAGCACCGUCCCUUCAUACGACCAGCAGGUCUCUCACUUACUCACUCUAACCAACAAGACAGAAUGGAGAAACGAAAAUACACUCUUCACAGUCUGGUUCGGGAUCAACGAUAUCUCCAGAGGAUAUAACGCAAAUACCUGGAGUAAAUUCUCCCAGGUCCUCAUCGAUCGCUACUUCAAUAUCUCGCAAACCUUAUACGAUAACGGAGCACGAAACUUCCUUUUCAUGAGCGUGCCACCCAUACAACGCACACCUGAGCUUCUCGCUGAGAACGCAACCGCUMAAGCCACAACUGCCUACACAGUCUCAAGCUAUAACCAACUCCUCAAUCAAGGCGCAAAUCGGUUUACCAAACAUAAUAAAGACAUAAAUGCAAUCUUGUUCGAUACCACUCCAUCCUUUGAUGUAGCAUUGAACAAUCCGACUGCGUAUGGUGCGCCGGAUGCGAUUUGUUAUAGUGGGGAUGGGGUCAGUUGUCUGUGGUGGAAUGAUUUUCAUCCGGGGCAAGCGAUUCAUAAGCUUGUUGCUGGGGCUGUGGCUAAUGUGACGGGAAUAUGA